GUAGGAAAACACCUUUUUUUUUCUAGUAGUGUGAAAUAGACAAGUCGGAGUUCCCUGAUGCUCAUCCUCGCUAUUACACAAACUCGAUUCUUGAGGCUGCACGUCAAAACGCUUAUGAGGUUGUUGAUGAGAUUUUAAUGAGAUGCUCCGAAGCAAUUCGGUAUAAAGAUAAAAGUGGGUAUGACAUCAUACAGUUAGCAGUAAUACACCGUUCAGAAAAAAUCUACAACCUUAUCAAUAUCAUUGGGGAGCGUAGGAGUGUUUAUAGAAUGAUCGAAGAUUCUUCUAAGAAUAAUAUGUUGCACUUGGCUGGAAGAUUAGCUCCUUUGCAUAAACUAAAGCUGAGAACUGGUGCAACAUUACAACUACAAAGAGAGCUUCAAUGGCGUGAGGAAGUACAGAAGCUCGUGUUUCCAUCAUACAUUACUAGAGAGAAUAUUUUUAUGGAGACACCUGAUAUGGUGUUCUCAAAGGAACAUGCCAACUUGGUAAAGGAGGGGGAAAAGUGGAUGAAAGACGUAGCAGAAUCAUGCAGCAUCACUGGAGCACUAAUUACAACAAUUGUAUUUGCAGCAGCAAUUACCGUACCAGGUGGAAACGAUUAA